AUGGCUUCCUCGACCCACACAGACUGGUCCGCCUCCAAGGUCCGCGAGGAGUUCUUCAACUACUUCAAGAACAGGGAACACACCUUCGUGCCCUCGUCCUCCACAAUUCCAUAUGACGACCCCACCCUCCUUUUCGCGAAUGCUGGUAUGAACCAGUACAAGGGCAUCUUCCUGGGCACGGUAGACCCUCAGUCGGAGCUCGCGCGACUGAAACGCGCUUUCAACAGCCAGAAAUGUAUUCGCGCCGGAGGGAAACACAACGAUCAUUCCCAGUUCGCCGCACUCGCGAAGAUCGAGGCAGCGGGGGCGUGGUCGCUCGCCACCGACACCUAUGUUGGAAAAGACUCGUAUCACCACACGUUCUUCGAGAUGUUGGGCAACUGGUCGUUUGGAGACUACUUCAAGAAAGAAGCCAUCGAAUAUUCUUGGGAGCUGUUGACGGAGGUGUACGGGCUACCGAAGGACCAGCUUUACGUGACCUACUUCGAAGGUGACCCCAAAGCUGGCCUCGAGCCCGAUCUGGAGGCGAAAGACUGGUGGCUCAAGACUGGUGUGGCUGAGGACCACAUCAUUCCAGGGAAUGCCAAGGAUAACUUCUGGGAGAUGGGUGCAACCGGACCUUGCGGCCCCUGCAGUGAAAUUCACUACGACCGUAUCGGUGGCCGAAACGCUGCUGGCCACGUCAACCAGGACGACCCAGACGUUCUCGAGAUCUGGAACAACGUGUUCAUUCAAUUCAACCGAGAAGACGACGGCUCACUCAAGCCACUGCCCGCCAAGCACGUCGACACCGGCAUGGGUUUCGAGCGCCUCGUCUCUGUCGUCCAGGACAAGCGCUCGAACUACGACACCGACGUCUUCCAGCCGAUCUUCGCGCGGAUCCAGGAGGUCACCGGGGUGCGCCCAUACGGCGGCAAGUUCGGCGACGAGGACGAGAACGGCAUCGACACCGCCUACCGUGUCAUCGCGGACCACGUCCGCACGCUCACGUUCGCCCUGAGCGACGGCGGCGUCCCCAACAACGUCGGCCGCGGAUACGUGCUGCGCCGCAUCCUGCGGCGAGGCGCGCGUUUUGCGCGCAAGAAGCUGGGCGUGCAGAUCGGCUCGUUCUUCUCGUCGCUCGUGCCGGUCGUCGUCGAGCAGAUGGGCGCCGUGUUCCCCGAGAUCACGCAGAAGAGCGCGGAGAUCAAGGAGAUCCUGGACGAGGAGGAGGAGUCGUUCUCGCGCACGCUCGACCGCGGCGAGAAGCUGUUCGAGCAGUACGCGCAGAAGACGCUGCAGUCCGGCCAGAAGGAGCUCUCGGGCAAGGACGUGUGGCGGCUGUACGACACGUACGGCUUCCCGGUCGACCUCACGCGUUUGAUGGCGGAGGAGCUGGGGCUGAGCAUCAACGAGGCUGAGUUCGAGGCUGCGCAGGCGCACUCGAAGGAGGCGAGCAAGGGUGGUGUGAAGAAGGGUACCGGAGAGGUUGUCGCCCUGGAUGUGCACGACAUCGCUGCUCUGGAGAAGAACGAUGGCGUCCCGAAGACCGACGACUCGUUCAAGUUCAAGCAAGGGAACAUCACCGCGAAGGUCGUCGCGAUCUACUCCAAGAAAGCGUUCCUGAAGUCAACAGAAGAGAUCCCCGAAGAGGCAUCGUUUGGUCUGCUCCUUGAUCGCACGAGCUUCUACGCAGAGUCUGGAGGACAGGAGUACGACACGGGCAGCAUCGUCAUCGACGGCGUUGCAGAGUUCGAGGUCACCAACGUCCAAGUCUACAACGGCUACGUCCUUCACAUUGGCCACAUGAAGUACGGCAAGCUCAAUAUCGGCGACGAGAUCGUUUCCUCGUAUGAUGAGCUCCGACGAUGGCCCCUCCGCAACAACCACACCGCGACGCACAUCCUCAACUACUCUCUACGGGAGGUCCUCGGUGACCACAUCGACCAGAAGGGCUCGCUCGUCGCACCUACGAAACUGCGCUUCGACUUCUCGCACAAGGCGCAGGUGUCUACGUCAGAACUGACGAAGAUCGAGUCAAUAAGCCAAGACUUCAUCAAGCGCAAUGUGGGGGUGUACGGAAAGGAGCUCCCGCUGCACGUCGCGCAGAAGAUCAACAGCCUGCGCGCAGUGUUCGGCGAGUCGUACCCCGACCCCGUGCGCGUCGUCUCCCUCGAGUUCGACGUCGAUGACAUCGCGAAGGACCUCGAGAACCCGAAGUGGCGCAAGACCAGCAUCGAGCUCUGCGGUGGCACCCACGUCGCGCGAACUGGCGAGAUUAAGGACUUCGUCGUCACAGAAGAGUCUGGCAUCGCCAAAGGCAUCCGUCGGGUCGUCGCUGUCACUGGUCAUGAGGCCGCGGAGGCUCGUCGCCUCGGCGAGUCACUCACUGCACAGCUUAACCGGAUCGAGUCCAUGCCUGACGCGGAGAAGGACGCCGCGCUCAAAGCGUACACAGUCCACAUUGGUCAAGUCGAUAUCGCGUUGCUGAAGAAGAACGAGCUCCGUGACCGCCUCACGUCGGUCCGGAAAGCGUUCGAUAAGCACCUGAAGGACAAGGAAGCCGCUGCGAACAAGGCGUCGGUGGACGCGCUGCAGCAGUAUUUCAAGGACAAGCCUGACGCGCCGGCGUACUUUGCCGCGCUCGAUGUGAACGCCAAUGCGAAGGUCAUGCAGGGUGUCGUCCUCCAGGCGAAGAAGCUUGGAAAGUCCAUCUACAUCUUCAGCGCGGACCAGUCGGCGGGCAAGGUGGCGCACGUGAAUGCCGUGUCUGAGGAAGCCAAGGGCAAGGGUCUCGACGGGCGCGAAUGGGCGUCCGCUGUCGUCGAGAUUCUUGGCGGCAAGGCGGGCGGCAAGCCCGAUGGCGCGCAGGGCGUCGGCGCGGAGGUGUCAAAGGUGCAGGACGCUCUCGCUGCUGCGCAGAAGUUCUUCGAGUCGAAGACUGGGCUCUCGGUCUGA